AUGACAGCAAAGGCCCAAAACUCCCUAGUUACCCACUCUGAAACACUGGCACAACAAAUAGAUAACCUGGAGAUGCAAGUGGAAGACCUCUCCAACAAAUCAAGGAGAAAUACCCUAUGCAUAUGUGGCCUCCCUGAAACGCCUUACGAGGGCCCACUUGCAGAGAAAAUGGUGGAUUACUUCAAACACCUAAUCACCGACAUACCCGAGGAGAAGUGGGUCAUCGACCGGGCCCACAGAGCGCUACGAGCCCGAAGAGUUGACAUCAUAAUCCGCUCCCAACACUAUUCCACCAAGGAAGCCAUAGUACACUACAGCCAGGACAACACCUUGCAAUACCAAGAUGCCGUACUCCACAUCUACCAGGAUCUCUCUCCAGCAACCAUGCAAUAUAGGGAGGAGUAG